AUGGACACUCUACUGGCUAGGAUUCCAGGUGUAAAGCCCUAUCUAGAUGACAUACAUGUCUCUGGCAGAACACAAACAGAACAUGAUGAACGUCUGCAGGAAGUUCUACAGCGAUUUGCCCAUGCUGGGCUGCGCCUGCAGAAGGAGAAAUGUUAUUUUGCAGUAAAACAAGUGGAGUUUCUAGGAUUUUGUGUAGAUCAGCACGGAAUCCACCCAACCAAUGAAAAGGUGAGGGCUAUUCAGGACGCUCCAAUACCUAGGAACAAGACGGAACUCCAAGCAUUUCUGGGACUUUUGAAUUUUUAUAAUUGCUUUUUGUGUAACAAGGCUACCAUUCUAGAACCAUUGCAUCGGCUUCUUGACCAGUCAGUUAAAUGGGAAUGGAAAGCUAAACAUGAAGAGGCUUAUGUCAAGGCAAAGCAGUUGCUGCAGGCCGAUGAUAUCUUGGCCCACUAUGACGAGAAGAAGUCUUUGGUGCUUGUGUGUGAUGCUUCGCCAUAUGGAGUAGGGGCAUUGCUGGCUCAUACGGUCCCUGAGGGGAAGGAAGCUCCAAUUAGCUUCGCAUCCAGAACACUAACCCCCACUGAAAGAAAUUACGCCCAAAUCGACAAGGAGGCACUGGCUGUGGUUUUUGCUGUUAAAAAAUUUCACCAGUACCUGUUUGGCCAUCAUGAAAUGAUCUACACAGAUCAUAAGCCACUUCUUGGACUGUUGCACCACACAAAGCCGAUACCACAAGUUCUGUCACCAUGCAUGCUAAGAUGGAGUCUGAUACUGGGAGCUUAUGACUAUGAGUUAUGUUACAGGCCAGGAAAACAGUUGGCCAAUGCUGAUGCACUUAGCCGCCUGCCAUUGAACACUGCAGAGUCAGAGGUACCACCUCCACUGGAAGUGUUAUUAUUAGAGAUGGUUCCUGAAGCACCAUUGCAUGCUACACAAAUUGCUACACUAACAGUGAAGGACCCUGUCUUGUCCAGAGUGUUGCAUUGGAUCUUGCAUGGUUGGCCUGAAGAUUGUCAAGAGAAUAACUUUGCACCUUUCAUUCGAUGUAGAAAUGAAUUGUCAGCUCACAAGAACUGUGUCCUGUGGGGGAGUCGUGUGGUAAUUCCUGAGCGAGCAAGGGAGGAGGUACUUACUAUGCUGCACCCUGCGCAUCCGGGAAUCGUGCACAUGAAGGCACUAGCAAGAAGCUACGUGUGGUGGCCAGGAUUGGAUGCCCAGGUGGAGGAAGUGGUGAAAAGUUGUGCAACCUGUCAAGAGACACGUCAUGCUCCACUAAAAGCUCCAUUACAUCCAUGGGAAUGGACCGCUAAUCCAUGGUCACGACUGCAUAUUGAUUUUGCUGGACCUUUUCAAGGGAAGACGUUCCUGAUUGUGGUGGACUCCCACUGUAAAUGGUUAGAAGUCAAAAUGAUGAGCUCCGUUUCAUCAAGUGCUGUAAUUGGCCGGUUGAGACAACUAUUUGCAACACAUGGCCAGCCUGAUGUACUUGUGCCUGACAAUGGCACUGCCUUUACGUCAGCUGAAUUCAAGGAGUUUGUUCAACGCAACCCAAUCCGACACUUGACGGUGGCACCCUAUCACCCCUCAUCAAAUGGGCAAGCUGAGCAUAUGGUUCAGACAACAAGAGAGGCACUGAAGAGAAUCUCAGUGGGCGACUGGCCAACCCGCUUAGCCAGAUUCUUACUGGCUCAACACACCACACCGCAUUCAACAACUGGGAAGAGUCCUGCUGAGUUGUUGAUGAAUAGGAAACUGAAAACUGCCCUAGACCGUCUACAUCCUGAUUUGUAUACUGAUAUGCAACACAAGCAAGAUGGAGCUGCACGGCAGAGCCUGGGCUGUUUGCGCUCUUUUCACCCUCAGGACGAUGUUCACAUGAGAAAUUAUUCUGCUGGUCCGAAGUGGAUCCCUGCAACUAUUGGGGGGGUUACCGGACCUGUGUCCUACAAGGCUCAGACACGAGAUGGCCAGAUUCAUCGCCGCCAUGUGGACCAGCUGAGAGACCGAACACCUGUCGCCGUUGUUUCAUCACCGCAAACCCAGGCAGUUCCAGAGCCGUCAAGCCAGGAGUCUCAGGCGAUGCAAGAGCCUUUGCCAGUGACUGGUUUAAACCCAAUAAUGCCAUCUCCGACCGAGGAUGUCGGUAGCCCUCCAAUUUCACAACCCACGAAGCCGUUUCAAAUAGAUGUUCCAGACUACCCUGCAACUCCAGCUGUACGACCCCGUCGUCGGCAUAUGUUACCCAAAAGACUGGAGGACUAUGUGAACUGGGGGGAAGGGGUGUGA